AUGUCGCCUUCAGCGAAUGGAACUGCGCAGUUGAGCAACGGGACCAGGUCUCCUUCUUCAAGUUUGACCCCUGGUAUCUACGUUCCCACCGUAGCUUUCUUUACACCUGACGACACCAUCGACGAAGCAAUUACAGCACAGCAUGCUAUUCGACUAGCAAAGGCUGGAGUUUCGGGUCUUGUCACCCAUGGCUCUAACGGAGAAGCUGUACAUCUAGAUCAUGCUGAGCGAUCUCUCGUCACCAAAACUACCCGUCAGGCCUUGGAUUCGGCAGGAUUCUCAGAGCUGCCCGUGAUAGUUGGCUGUGGUGCACAGAGCACGCGGGAAACUAUUCAGCUUUGCAAGGAAGCAGCUGAUGCAGGUGGAUCAUAUGUCCUCGUUCUGCCACCGGCAUACUACGGCGGACUGCUGUCAACGAAUCACAUCAUCUCUCACUUUAUCACCGUUGCCGAUGCAUCGCCGUUACCCGUGCUCAUCUACAACUUCCCUGGAGCGUGCAGCGGCUUGGAUCUAACUUCAGACACAAUUUUGACGUUAGCAAAACAUCAAAACAUCUGCGGCGUAAAGCUUACAUGUGGAAACACGGGAAAAUUGGCUCGUGUUGUAGCCGGAACAUCUGGGUCAGACUUCCUCACGUUCGGGGGUAGUGCAGACUUCCUCAUUCAAACUCUGGCUGUUGGCGGCCACGGAAUAAUUGGAGGCCUUGCCAAUCUUGCACCAAGAGCCUGUCUUGAGUUGAUGCGCCUCUGGCAGUCUGGGAAGCAAGACCAAGCGCGAAAACUCCAAGAAGUUGUCGCAAGAGGAGACUGGACGGCUAUUCAAGGUGGCUUUGUGUCUGUGAAGGUGGGACUGCAAAAGUACUACGGGUAUGGUGGAGAGCCACGAAAGCCGUGUACUCUUCCCGAAGGAAUAAAGCUGACGGAGCAGGAGGAAGGGUUUGCUGAGCUGAUUGGCACCGAGAAGGCUCUCGCUAAGUAG